GGAGUGAGAGCAGGUAGAGAAAGGCGUAGUUCCUGAAGCCCAGGUGUAGCACCUAAGGAGCAGAGAGGGUCCGUCAGUGGGGGUAGGACAGUCAGCAAGUCAGUGAUUAGAGAAGGCCAUUGGGUUUUCACUGACCUUCAAGCAGCUUCGAUAGAAUCUGGGAGAUAAAGUACUGAGAGGGUUGGAACUGAUCAAGUGGGCUGUCGAAAUGGAUGGCAGGAACUAGAGGCCACACUUGCCUGGCUCUGAGAAAAACAAAACAGAAAGGCAGACAUAACGCUACUGUGGCGGUCUAAGCGGCGUCUUCCCACUCUGUAACGGUGGAGCUGAGUGGAACGGACACAUCUGAGGAUUAGCCCUAGGACCCGGGUGCCCUUCUUCCCGCCUUCCCGUGGCUGGAGAGAGCACCUCAUGGUGCACUGCUGCCCUCUCUGGGACUGCACUGGCUCUCUGCCACUCCAGGUCUGGGGUGGCCCAAGCUUUCCCAGUCGGUCUGAGGUCAGUGCCACCAACACCUGUGCUGAGAGUUGUUGGGCAUGGGCUGAAGGGUUACUGCUAAAAACUGUUUUGCUUCCUAAACUUUGAACCACAUCUCCCCUGUCUAGAGUAGAGAAGAAGGGGAUGGUCAUAAAUUAAACAAGCAAACAAGGUAUUUGGCAUUUUUCUGUAUUCUAAGCUAAAAUCUUCCCCCAAGCUUUCCCGGGGAUAGUUUUCAGCUGAGCAGUUAGCCUUAGAAGAGUAUCCUCAUGAUCGUCUUAUACACAGACUGCAGUACACCCCCCUCCCAAUUCUUCCAUAAAUACCGUUUGGCAGACAGAAUCAAGCUGCAUGGUUGAUUUAGCUCGUGAAUUUUUCACACACAUGCCAGUGACCUGGGAAGUCCAAGCAAGCUGCCACCCCUCUUCUCCCCAGCCUGACACCUUGUCUGUCUACUGCAGGUGCCUAUCCCCGACUCUCGUUGAGCUUUCGGUUGAAGAGAAACAUCGGAUACUUCAUUCUUCAGACUUACAUGCCCUCUAUACUGAUUACCAUCCUCUCCUGGGUGUCCUUCUGGAUCAAUUACGAUGCAUCUGCUGCUAGAGUUGCCCUCGGGAUCACAACUGUGCUGACAAUGACAACCAUCAACACCCACCUUCGGGAGACUUUGCCCAAAAUACCCUACGUCAAAGCCAUCGACAUGUACCUGAUGGGCUGCUUCGUCUUUGUGUUCCUGGCGCUUCUGGAGUAUGCCUUUGUCAACUACAUUUUCUUUGGAAGAGGCCCUCAGAGACAGAAGAAGCUUGCAGAAAAGACAGCCAAGGCGAAGAGUGACCGGUCAAAGAGCGAAAGCAGCCGGGUGGAUGCUCAUGGAAACAUUCUGUUAACGUCGCUGGAGGUUCACAAUGAAAUGAAUGAGGUCGCAGGUGGCGUUGGAGAUACCAGGAAUUCAGCAAUAUCCUUUGACAACUCAGGAAUCCAGUACAGGAAACAGAGCAUGCCUCGGGAAGGGCAUGGGCGAUUCACAGGGGACAGGAACAUCCCGCACAAGAAGACCCAUCUACGGAGGAGGUCUUCGCAGCUCAAAAUCAAAAUCCCUGAUCUAACCGAUGUGAAUGCCAUAGACAGAUGGUCCAGGAUCGUGUUUCCAUUCACUUUUUCUCUUUUCAACUUAGUUUACUGGCUGUACUAUGUUAACUGAGUGACUGUACUUGAUUUUUCAAAGACUUCAUUUAACACUGAGUGAAAUAUUACUCUGCCUGUCAAGUUUUUAUACCUGUACACACACAGACACACACACGCAGACACACACAUAUAUACAUACGCAAUUGUAUAUAUAUGUGAACUUUCUCAGCAUAUAUAUAAAAUACACGUGUAUAUGAGGAUGUAUGUGUAUAUGUUUAUACACACAGGUGUAAGUACCCAUGUGUAUAUAAAACAAAUACACAUACAUAUAUACAUUUUGCAGCUAUGGACAAUUUAACACAGGAUGCAUAUUGAAGAAAGUCAUAGUUUUUUCUUUUUUAAUUGAAAGGGACAAGCAUCAUCUAAAUAUUAUGCCUUGAGAAUGAGGGUGUGAAACACAACAUCAUCCCAAAAGGUGUCUUUUAUUAUCAUAAGUUAAAUGUUUUAGUUUAAAAAUCAGAAAGAAAUUCUUAGUUAAUCUUUGAAAACUCAUACAGUGGUAUUGCUAGUUUUAAAUGAGUCACACACCUCAUGUCCUCUCCUCCAGUUUACUAAGUGCAGGCUGUGGUUUGUCUGGUGAUGGGGUACUUCCAUCGGGCACGCAGUUUUUCUGUCGUAGUGGACGAGGUUCUCGCAAACACAGACAGAUCCCACGCGGAUGUCUGAACGUCCAUCUUCUGAAAACCCAUCAGGAGAGAAUGGUAUCUCAUUGUAAGUACUCUAAUAUCCAGUGAGUGUUUCUUUUCGUUCACUUGGAGUGGAUCCAGCUUAACUGUCGUGUGGGAACACAGUGGCACGUUCUGGCAAUGACAUUUCAAUCACUGGAAAUGCACUCUAUAUCUGGAAUGGAUUUCUAGGCCUGACAUCUAGCAGAGAGCAUAGACGUCUCAGGUUAUUCGUUACUCUAUGGUAAAACCAUCCAGGAUGAUUUUCCCCCUUGAGGUUACGUUAUCAGUCAUUCUUAUAACAUUGUAUGUUAAUAUAAAAUAUAUUUGCAUAAUAUGCAUAUAUAUGUAUAUUUGCCAAGAUUUUGUUUCUUAUGCUAGCUAUUCUGGCAGCAUGCAAUGUCAUAUUUUUCUUUGAUGUAACUACUUUCUGUUAUCUAGAAAUUAAGAUUGAAGCUAAAACACUUCUACUGUUCAAUUUCAGACACUGAGAACCAUCCUCAUGCCUUUAUUUCCAUAUCUGACGUAUUUCAUAAGCACAUACACCCGCUCCUAGGCUGACUAGGACUCUGCAGGAACAUGACCAGUACACACCACGCAUCACCCACAACCCAUGACUGCUGUCUGAGGCUCAGGAGGGCAACCUGACAGCAAACAGUCACUUUUUGGUUCCUUCUGAUCCACAGCCUCAUCAGGAUUUGGACUUUUUAAAGCUCGUAGAAACAAGACAAGGUGCACCGGUUUCAUAGAUGCAAACUUAACUUACUAUUUAGAUGAGAUCUUUCUAAAGAAAAAACAAAGAUGAUAUAUUUUUUGUAAACAAUGUUUCUAUCACAGGCAUCCAUAAACUGAAAUGACUGCAGUUGUGCAAACAGGUGUCACAGCGAAGUUGAGCAUUUGGAGAAAAAGUUAAAAAGCAAAUAUGCCGGAAAGAACUGCUAAAUUAAUGCUUUAUCCCAAAAUGCCACAUAUGCCUCACCCUCUCUGUUCUAUCCAAAACUAGUUGCCAGAGUCUAUUCCAGGACUCGACUGGCUGGCGCCAGUGUUCUCCACGUAGGCAGAGGCACCCUCCCUGAGGACACACGUGGUGUGGACUAGCACCACGAGCUGACCACGACUUGAUCUUUCUUUGGUGGCCAUAACAACUCUUAAUUUGUGGGAGUCUGUAACAGUUCAAAACCCACUAUCUGAUAAAACAUAAUCCACAAACUCUCAUGCUAGAGGCAAUUACCAAUUUUUGUGCCCUUUUCCCUCCUUCAUUCCUAUCUUUCUUCAAUGUCUUCUCCCAGCCGCUGCUCUCUUGUUUUAUUUUUAUCUGGAGACUAGCCAGUGAUUUCUUGGUCUUUGGCUUUUCUCUGACAAUUGUUGUCAUGGGUAACAAUGGGGGAUCCUAAGAGUUAGACAGAUUGGGGAAAACCUUGUAAGUGGCCUUAUCAUUGUUAACAUGUGAAAGAUAAAAAGACAUUUGCAAAGACCUUAUCUCUUUCAAUACUUCAGGUAUCUUUUGUGUAUCCAGUAAUUAAAGAUGUGAGCUCCACGUGCAGAAGAGGGACCCCAAAGUGCAAAUGGAUGUGGACAAUGGUUGAUUUAAGUGUAUAAUUUAUACUGUUCAGAACUGUGACAUUAAUUCUUUCUGGGAGAAAUGUAAUUCAAAACUUUUUUGAUGCAUAGUUGAGGUACCCAAAUAUCAAAGGCAGAGACCCCCACGGGGCUCAGAAGAACUGCAGUCUACUUCCCAAGGUUUUCUGGAUAUAAAUUUGCAUGGUAUAGUCAUAAUAGCUUUUGAGCUUUUUAUAUGCAUUUGGCACCGAGACUGGGAUCCACAACUUUGUAGACACUGCGAUGAAGUUAACAUAAUAGCUAUACUAUAAAUAGUGUUUGUAACUACACACACACAUACACACACACACACAUGCAUACAUAUAUUCUGUAAAAAAAAAAAAAACUUUUUAAGAUCCUUGGGUAUGUGUUUGCUUUACUCCAUUUCAGAAGAAAAUUACUUUUCUUCCAAUAAAAUUAUUUUAUAACUUCUCCAUUUUUAAAAGUUGUGAGAAGUAUUGAGGAGAGAACUCAGACUGUGCUGACAGAAGAGAGUUGGAGCUGAUUCUCUGUUCUGUUAAAAUGACCUCUCAUUACUCCACAGUAGUUGUUCAAGCCAGUGAGUGAGCCACGUUGAGGAAUUCUGAACCCGCAGUUCUGACAUGUGUGUGAGGGGGCUGUUACCCACGCCCAGACCUCUUGAGUAAGGACAGAAAAGUUCAGUUUGGAAUAUAGUGAGCUUUCUUUCUCAACAACUGAAAGUAAUAAAAAGUUAAUUUCCUAACUGGUCCUGUCUUUUCAAAAUGCUUCACAGGGUCUCAAAAUGUACACAAGAAUCUUGUUAAGACAGUUUGUUAUCACCCACAUUCAGACAUGCUUGAGACAACUCAAGAGCCCUGCCACAUCAAACCUUACAGAGAAAGACUGAUAAGACUUGUGUCAUCUUUAAAACAGUGUUAUUCCUGUUCACCAUCCCCAGACUGUAGAGGGGUUUCACUGUCUGUACCAUGAGAUAUUCAUUUCCCCGUGAAUCCCAACCGAAUUAGGAAGUAUGUCAUGAUAUCCCCAUUAGAUUUAUAAGGUACAAGUACAUCUGUAAUGGCAUAUGUUUUAAAUGAUGGAACCCAGAGCUCUGACAUAAUCAGUCAUUCCCAUCAAAGGCAUUUAUUUCUCUCCUGUCCAAACUUGGGGUUGAUAUUUUCACCAAGGAGAUUAUCUCAGAGGUUAUGCCAAACAAGGUUAGGACUGGUUUUAGGAGACGGGCACAUUGCAGCUGUAGGUGUUCAUUUUCAGCAACUAGUAGAUACCUGUUGGUGUUUGUCCCACAACGGUGUGUACUAAAAGAGAAUAUAUCCAAUUUUGAAUCUCCUGGCUUGAAAGUAUAAUCCAUUCCGUAAUUCCUACUUUAACUCUCCACCUGAAAACAAGUUCGUAUUUAUGGCCAUUCUGUGUAAGCAAAACUGAACAAUUGGUGAAAUAUUUUGUUGCUCUUGGAUUCAACUCUGGCUCUCGUCUUAAUGUGAGCCAACAGUCAGAGCAACACUGAAUUUUGGGGCAAAACGCUGCCCAGGUGGAAUAAAUUUUCCCAGGACACUAGCUAGUGUGCCUUGGAUUGAUUACCUCUUCUACUGCAUUGAAAGGUGCCGUGUUUUCCUGAAAUACUAAAUUCCAACACCUGGGUUUGCAGAGCCCUCACAGAGAGCGGUUUUCACACCGCACCCCUCCCUAGGGCCAGCCCCUCCCCUGUGUCUGUCCUUGUCUCAUGUUUCCACGUCACUAGUCAGUGAGAGUGUUCAAGGUAAGUACAGGAUCAUUCUAGUAGAGAUAGGCGAUUGCUGUCAUGAUCAAUUCUCAUGUGAUUUCAUUUCAUUGUAAAGAUAAAUUUAAACCCAGUUUUGCUUAAGCACAUUGAUGUAAUUUUUUGGUAUUAUUUGACAUGAAAAAAAACAGCAAAAUUGAGUGAUAGAUACAACAUGAAACUUGUUGAUGAAUGAAUUCAAAUUUAUUAAAAAAGGACUAACUGAC